CUCUUCUUUCUCAAUACAGCAAUGGCUCAGCGACUGACCUAUCGCCGCCGCCACUCUUACAAGACCUCGUCGAACCUCGUUCGCGUGGUCAAGACCCCUGGUGGCGUCCUCCGGUACAUUUACCAAAAGAAGGCCGGCACCGUCCCCAAGUGCGGUGACUGCUCCCAGACCCUGAUCGGUCUGCCCGCCCUCCGCCCUAAGGAGUGGGCUGGUGUCUCCAAGACCAAGAAGUCCGUCAACCGUGCUUAUGGCGGCUCCCGCUGCGGCACCUGCGUCCGCGACCGCAUCCUCCGUGCUUUCCUCCUCGAGGAGCAGAAGAUCGUCAAGCGCAUGGUCAAGGCUGCCCCCAAGGCUUAAAAACAACACAAGUCUUGUCCCGCGUCUUGUCGUGCUUGUAGUCCUUUUAUCCAAAUGAAUUUUAUUUGGCUUUGAUCCUG